AUGUAUAACGGCGAAUAUAUCAACUUCAAACGUUCUCGCGAUAUCCGUCCAUUAUCGAAGAUCGACACGACCCAGGAGAUCUUCGAAUACUACGGUUCCUUCGAGGAUGCUGUCAAUCCAGAUUCAGCAGCUUUCGUUGGUUUUCCUAGCUACUUUACCACGGUACAUUACAAAGAGCCUGCUAACCGAGGAUAUCACAGAGUCCUGCCAGAUGGCUCGAUGGAGAUCAACGAACGAUCAUUGUACGCUCACAGAGUUGACAUCGCCCGCUCCCUCGAUAUGACAAUACCAGAACCUCAUACUUGCGAUCUUCCCGAAAAGGCACUGGUGUGGUAUCGACCAAUUUCAGACAGGGUUGUAUCUCAUCUCAACUCCGAAUUGAGUCAAAGCCCCUCUAUCAGAAACUUUGAGUACAGACGCAAUGCGUCUAAUUACGCAGUAUUCAACACACAUGUCAAUCUUGAAGUACUCAAAGCCGUUCAAAAAUGUGGCAGAAGAAUGACUCAAGGUGAAAUCUCUGUGCAUCGGACUCCUGAUCCACCAUCCACCUCUUUCUACGGAACUGCCGAUAUCGACGAUUUCGAGAUUCAUACUAUUCCAGGGAUUUCUUUCACAAUACAAAAUCGCGAUGGCGAUCCCGUAGAAAUCAACCUGAGCUGGCUUUCGGCAAGACCAUGUCAAGAGACUGCUAAAAUUACCCAGGACCGACCCGACGAGCAGAACUUUUCUUCUUCGUCCUUGCCUGUAGGCAGCUGCAGACCGAUCGUGGAAAGAUCGCAUACCAUGCAAUCGGAUACACUCGACUCUAGCUCCCUCAUUUGCUGA